AUGUGUACAUAUCACAAGGAGCGCGGCCACUACACUACGCAAUGCCCACCUUUCAAAUGGUAUCUAGAAGAGCUUGCAGCAGCUGGGCAUCUAAAUCAGUGGAUUAAUGUUCGGCGAAGUCCACUUCCAGCACCUCCCCCUAUUAUCGGCAAUCUCGUAAGCGUUAUACAAGGAUUGGUUUCCGAAGGAAGGGCAGCCGAGCUUCGUUCAGAAAUUGACAGAGCCGUCACCUCUUUAUUCGUUUGCAACGUUGGCGCUUCGGGAAAGCGAAAAUGGGAAGAUCCGAGCUUCGGCAACGCUAUUACUUUUUCUUCCGACGACUUGAAAGGAGUGCAACUUCCUCAUACGAACGCCCUCGUUGUUACUGUUGCUAUUGAAAAAUCAACCGUUCAACGGGUAUUGAUAGAUCAAGGAAGCUCGGCGGACGUAAUAUUUUAUUCAACCUUCCAGAGCCUCGGAUUGUCUCCCGCUCAACUUCGGACAGCGUCUACUCCCCUCGUCAGUUUUACUGGAGCCUCGGUUUGGCCACUCGGCUUGAUUACUUUCCCUGUGCGGGCUGGAUCACGGGUUCUUGAGAUCGAGUUUGUGGUGGUCGCUUCUCCCAGCCCCUACAACGUAAUACUCGGUCGAACCUGGCUGCACGAGAUGAAAGCAGUCGCUUCUACCUUUCACCAGGUGGUAAAGUUUGUUGGAUGGAAUGGUCGUCAGGAAAGCCUCCGAGGGGACCAAAUCCAGUCAAAGAAAUGCUACAUCAGCACUAUGACAAACAAACAGAGCUAUAAGGAUGUACAAUGCGUGGCGGCCACUCCCGUUCCAGUAACUGAAGAUGUUGGUGUGCCGGCCGAACAAAAAUAUAUCGAGGAGUUGAUACGUUUUUCAAUUCCCGGGGGCGAGGAAGAUAUUUUUUAA